CGCGUCCAAAACCUCGUGUCCUCUAUUUCCUCGACUUUGGAGCUUCUGCACGCGUUUUCAGUGCUAUCGCGCUGUUGAGAUUGCACAAGCUGUCAAAUCUCACUUUCAUAACACCACAAGAACAAUCAAACGCGUCCAGCUCUCCACAAACUCACAAUGUCUUCCCUCACCAUCCAAGGGCUCAAGAAAGAGCAAAUCACAACGUCUAUCGACCUACUCACACAAAACCUGAUCAACAUCAACGACACAACCGGCGAGUUCUUGCUCAAGCUACCUGAUGGCCGCGUCAUCGACACCAAGGGCUGGGAUGGCUGGGAGUGGACACACGGCAUCGGUCUGUACGGGCUGUGGCACUACUACACUCUGACAGGCAACCAAGCCACAAAAGACAUCAUGCUGGGCUGGUACUCUAAGCAGCUCGCCAAAGGUACAACCAAGAACAUCAACACCAUGUCGCCCUUCCUCGCGCUCGCGUAUCUGUACGAGGACACCGGCGACAAGACAUUUGUGCCCUGGCUAGACACCUGGGCUGAGUGGGUGAUGCACGACUUGCCGCGCACGAAGUACGGCGGUUUCCAGCACGAGACAUACCUUGAGUACAACAAGGACGAGCUCUGGGACGAUACGCUGAUGAUGAGCGCGCUGCCUUUGGCCAAGAUUGGACUCACGCUCAAUCGACCUGAGUACAUUGAGGAGGCGAAGAGGCAGUUCAUUCUGCACUGCCAGUACCUGUUUGACCCGACAACGGGACUGUUCUUCCACGGCUGGAAAUUCGAGGAGAAGGAUGGAAAGGUCGGGCACAACUUUGCGCAGGCGAGGUGGGCGAGAGGGAACUCGUGGCUUACCAUUGUCAUCCCCGACUUUAUUGAGCUGUUGGACCUGAAGGAGUCGGACCCCACAAGGUUGUUCCUGGUCGGUAUUCUUGAGGCACAAUGCAAGGCACUGGUCAAGCUACAGCAAGAGGAUGGCAUGUGGUGCACAUUGCUUGAUGUUCCAGCCUCCGAGGGCUCGUACGUCGAGGCAUCAGCAACAGCUGGUUUUGCGUACGGUAUGCUCAAGGCCCUGAGGAAAAGGUACCUCAAGGGUGAGGAAUACGAGAAGUCGGCAUCCAAGGCUAUCAAGGCGGUCCUCGACAACAUCAAUCCUGAGGGUGAGCUACUGAACACCAGCUUUGGCACGGGCAUGGGGCACACACUACAGCACUACAAGGAUAUUGCUGUUACAAGCAUGCCUUACGGCCAGGCGAUGGCCAUCAUGGCACUUGGAGAGUUCUUGAGGUCAUUCGUCUAGAUUCUGCAUAGCUUGGCCGUGUUCACGAAGCAAUGAUACGAUGUUUGAUGCAAUAAGAUGUCUUGGAGUCAAUUGUGGAA